AUGGACUGGGAGAUAGACAUAAAACAAAGUAUUAGUGUUAUGACCUUUGAAGUAAAUAAUAUGAUAUGGCACCUCGAAUUAGUUUACAUUUUUCUACAUCUUUUGUUCCAAAGAUUUUUAAACAUGGAAAAUCACUUCACAACAAAGAGGAACACAUUUCUCACACCAAUGACUACAGACAACCAAACAUUUGUGCGCACCAUCUGCAAAACCGAAAGAGUGUUAGGGUUCUUGCAAGGCCUCAGAAGACAUUAUACAAAAAAACAUCCAAACAUAAUGGGGGAGUAUGAGAAACUUCUGAAAAGAAGACCUGCUAUGUUUGAUGACCCUUCUUCUUCUGCAAGCAAUGCCACUACCAAUCUGAACAGUAAUAAUGGACCUGCUCCAAUGGAAUUUGUUAUUGAAAACUCUCAGGACAUAUACGGCCAUGAAAUCUCUGACAAAGACGAAUAUAGUAAUGAUCACAUUCUAUUUGAUUUAUUAGAUGACUAUGAUGAGACCACUGCACUACAAAAAUUAUAUGAUUUUAUUGAGUAG